AAAGCAGAAGCUAAGGACCCAAGGCAAAGAAGAACGCAAGCAGAGGCAGACCGGGAGGAGAUGGCGGGUCUGUUCGACAAGCAAGCGGAGAUCUACUUGGACGCUCGUCCGACGUACCCGGCGCACUGGUACUCCAUGCUCGCUUCUCGCACUCCUCUUCACUCCCUCGCCUGGGACGUCGGCACCGGCAACGGCCAAGCCGCCCUCGGAGUAGCUGAGCACUACGACCAGGUGAUCGCCACUGAUGUGAGCGCAGCCCAGCUAAAAUGUGCGAUGCAGCAUCCGAGAGUCCGCUAUGUCCACACCCCAAUACCCAUCUCCAACGACGAAAUCGUGACCUUAAUUGGAGGUGAAAAUUCAGUGGAUUUGAUUACGGUGGCUCAAGCGGUGCACUGGUUCGACGUACCCAAUUUCUACUCCCUCGCGACCCGUCUGCUCCGGAAGCCGGGAGGGGUGCUCGCAGUGUGGUGCUACAAUGACGUUGAAGUGAGCCCUACGUUUGAUCCGGUCAUGAAACGCUUCCAUGACACUACGCUGCCCUUUUGGGACCCCAACAUAAAGCACGUAUUCGAUGGUUACAAGAAACUCCCUUUCCCAUUCAAAAGUGUAGGCUUGGGAUGCAAAAGCGAGCCAUUCCCUCUGGAUAUACCAAAGCAGCUCGCUUUCGAAGGGUUCUUGAGGAUGUUAAGGUCAUGGUCCGCAGUUGCUACAGCCAAGGAACAAGGUUUCGAUUUGUUAUCCGAAGGUGUAGUUAGAGAGCUUGAGGAUUCAUGGGGUGGUCCUGAUUUGGUCAGGUGCAUUGUGUACAAGGCUUUCAUGCUUGCUGGCACAGUGUAAGCUGCAUAUGUCUAUGUCCUCUUUAGACUUCAUUACAAUAGAACUGAACCAGCACGGCGGUUUUAAUGAUCCUUUCAAUUGCCAUUUUUCACAAGCUGAGAACUUAUGAAACCUUAGCUCGGACCCUGUGCUGAGCCGAUAUGCAUAUACUCUGGCAUAUAUCACUUAGGUGGGGAAGGAAUGAUGUGGAAUAGAAAUCUGUAAUUGGGCUUCUUUAUUCCUCUAAAACGUAUGGCUAGAUGACUAUGACUGCUAGUUGAAAGAGUGGUGAUUGCCGAUAUCCCUCCGGUCUCAAGAGACGAGGUGCUAAACCGGCUCAGUUUUCCGUCUCUUUCGGUUAUAAUCAGGUUUUAUUCUUUUCCUUGUCAUUA